AAUCGAUAUUUUCCUCAAAAGGCGCACAAACGUCGCAGGGAAAAGCUGUGCAUAAAUCAAGGAGCAGGAGCAGUUUGCUGAAAGCAACGCCGAAUGGUUAAUUAUUGGAUAUCGAGACUGCAGCACUAGCAUUCAACACUUCCACUAGACCAGAUGGCCAAGCCACACUCGGACGGAGAUGCCUCUGGUCUGGGCUAUGCCUACCAGCUGCCGUCCGGAGGCCUACUGCUGCGCCUCAAGUCCUCGCUUUCGCAGUUCAGCGAUCUGUUCAGCGACUUUAGCAAGUACAUAUCGCCCGCCUACCAUCACGACCGCUGCGAGCGAUCCGUGCACAUGCGUCUCUACUCGAUGCACAAGCGAGAUUUCGUCAUGGUAUUUCUGGGCUUCUUCACCUGCUUUGGCCUGGGCAUCAUUAUCGGCCUCACAGGGCCGCCCAUUACCAGCACUUCGACGCUGACAGCUCAGCAGGUGCUGGCCAAUACAACGCUGGCCCACAGUCCCACGGUUCUGGCCACGGGCCCCUUUGCCAUGAAGUCCCCGCUGACUACCACGUACUCACAGCAGCUAUGGCUGAUAGCCAAACUGGUGACGGAUAACAACGAUGAUGAGCGCUAUGACAAGAGUUUCCAGGUGAGCGUAACCAUCGAUGGCAUCAAUGAGCAGCACAAACCGCUGAGUGUCCUUGGGUCUGGUAUGGCACACAAUCGCACGCGUCAUUUGGUGUGUGCGCGCAACGAUUGCGAGGAGUUUACGGUGAUGCAUUUGGGUUUUCUCGACUAUGCCCACUACAUCAUCACGGUGCGGUUCUUUGGCCUCGAGUCCUUUCAUCAAAAGUAUAACAUACGCAGCAUAACCUUCUAUUUCAAGACAUACAGUCCGGAGUUUACACAGAUUGAGAUCUGGUUCAGGUGCAUCUUUCUGCUGUUUACCUUCAUUGUCAUUUGCUGGUAUGCCCACACCCUGCGCAAAUAUCCCGUCUUCGAUUGGUCCAUAGAGCAGCGUUGGCUCUCGGUGCUGCUGCCUCUGCUCCUGCUCUACGACAAUCCCUUCUUUCCGCUGAUCUUCCUGAUGAACUCUUGGCUGCCUGGCAUGCUGGAUGCCAUUCUACAGGCCACCUUCCUCUGUGCCCUGCUCAUGUUCUGGCUGUGCAUCUAUCAUGGCCUGCGGCAGAACGAGCGCAGCUUUGUGCGUUUCUAUUUGGUUAAGGUGAUUGUCGUGCUGCCCAUUUGGCUGUGCGCCAUUGUCCUGGCCACCUGGGAGAAGUGCAACGAGCUGAGGGACCCCACCUACAGUCACUUUGUGGACACCAGGAACUACAAUGGCUUCAAGCUGUUCUUCUACAUUGCCUGCUGCAUGUAUGUGCUGUAUCUGGUCCUGCUGCUGCUCCGCGCCUACACCGAGCUGCGGUCCAUGCCCUACUUUGACAUGCGGCUCAAGUUCCUGACGCUGCUUAUGCUCUUCGUUCUGGCCAUUUCCAUCUCGGUGACCACGAGUCGCUUCGGCUUUGGCAUACUCGAGGAUAACUUUGUGGCCUCGCUGAACACCACCUACCGCAGCUCCGCCCAGUUCAUGUGCUUCUACGGUCUCCUCAACUUCUAUCUGUACACCAUGGCGUAUGUGUACUCACCCGAUGGACGCUUCUCCCAGGCCGAGCUGGCGGUCACCAAGGAUAAUCCCGCCAUCUCAAUGAUCGAUGACUCCGACGAGGAUGUGGUCUAUGGUUCCGAUGAGGAGUCACGACGCCCGCUCACCUCGGUGGGUGGGAGUGGGGGUGGUAAAAACGAUUACGACAGCGAUUGAUCGGCGGAUAGAAGCGAUUUGAGACGAUUAGUUAGAGAUGUUCCAAAAAAUAUUCCAUUGGUAGAGCGCAGGCAGGGGCUUAAGUGCGUAAAUAAUUGUACAAAAUAAUCUCUGAUAAUCUCUACUCUAACAUUAAAUAAAUAUUACGAAUUUCCGAAAUUUAAACAUAGAUAAAUCGAAGUUUUGCCCAAGGGACGAAGCCUAUAAAUAUGUCUAUUAUAUAUCCUUAUUCAAUUCAUACAAAUAAGGAACGUCUUAGCCUGCCAGCAUUUUAUGAAAAUUCCAAUCACAUUCCAAACUGCUCUUCCAAGUCCCAAAACUGAUGGAA